AUGGUUAAACUGCAUAUCAAAUUUGGUGAUGAAAGCCAAUAUCUGUUCGAAACAACUUGUUCUAUUGCCGUUGGAGAGUUGUUACCGCAGCUUGUUGCGAUAUAUAAUGGCAGGUUAAAAAUUGAACGACUUUCUUCAGAAAUUGAGAACCUUGCCGAAUACGGUAUUGCAUUACCACCAAAUAUGCAAGGACUAGCUGAUGAGCAAAUUGAAGAUUUGAAAUUAGUAGAUGAAUGGGCUACCAAAUGCUAUCCAUCUGGUGGGUCAGAUUUAAAUAAAGACCCUAUGAGCAGAAGAUCUGGAAAUGCUCCCAAAGAUAAUAUGAAGGAAGUACUGAAGAGAACUGUUAGUGAAGUAAAGAAUUCCGUUUCUAAGACACAGGUUGCUGCCAAUGUUUGUAUAACUGAAGAUGAUAUUCAAGAAGGAUUAAGAAGACUGCAAGGUGCAGUUACUAUUGUUUACCCGAUGGGUUUACCACCCCAUGACCCAAUUAAACUUGAGUUUGAAAACAAAGAAGACUUGAGUGGGCAGCAAGCUGCUCUUAAGAUUUUGGAGAAUGAUACUGCUCAGUUAUGGUGGGCUGGUAAGGAAAUGCAAAAGAAUAAAAAAUUAGGUGACUACAUUGGCAAAAAUGAGAAAACUAAAAUCAUUGCCAAGUUACAAAAGCGAGGAUUGGGAGCACCAGCUCGUGAGCCAGUUUUCAGCGAAGAAGAACAGAAGAAAAUGAUGGCAUUCGCUUACAGACGUCAAGAACAGAUGAAGAAAUUGGAUGAGGCAAGCCAGAAUGACUACUUGAAUUCUCAAUGGUCUGAUCCUAAUGCUUUGAAGAGAAACUUUCACAACUUGAAUGAUGUUAGCUGGAGACCACACUAA